AACGCUAUUCACCCCCCCUCUAGCGUUGGUCUAUUAUUCUAACAAUUGGUAUAGGAGCCUAACUCGCGUCCAAACUUAACCGUUUCAGAGUAAAGCGAUCAUGGGUUCUUCUUCUAGAAAUCUCUAUGCAGGAAUUGGAGAAGGUCAGUCUACGUCUAGGCCACAACUCUUUGAUGGCACCAACUAUUCCUAUUGGAAGGAACGGAUGAGAAUCUAUAUCCGUUCCACCAACUUCCAAUUAUGGUUGGUCAUCAAAAAUGGAGAGCAAAUCCCAGUGAAGAAAGUAGGAGAAACCACAGUCCCAAAAACCGAGGACGAAUUUGAUGCCGAGGACAUCAAAAAGGUGGUGAACUACGCCAAGGCAAUCAACAUGCUGUACUGUGCCGGCAAUCCUGAUGAUUAUCGCAAGAUCUCUUGCUGCACCACUGCAAAAGAAAUGUGGGACAAGCUGGAGGUCACAUAUGAAGGUACAGACCAAGUUCGGGAAGCCAAAAUUGACUUCCUAACGCAGGAGUACGAGAUGUUCAGAAUGAAGGAAGGCGAAAAGAUCGAUGACAUGUUCGAUCAGUUCUCAAAGAUCAUCAACGACCUUCAUGCACUCAAGAAGACUUACACCAACAAGGAUCUUGUGAGAAAAAUCCUGCGAAGUCUCACACCCGAAUGGAGAUCAAAGGCAGAUGCAAUCUAUGAAUCCAUUGGAGUCUCAAAUGUCACCAUCGACGGGUUAAGAAGUAAUCUCAAAACUUAUGAAUCUACUAUCCUAACCCCAUCUUUGGAUGAACAAAAGAAGAAGGGAAUAGCGCUGAAAGCAACCAAGGAGACCAUGGAAGAAGCUUCAAGCAAUGACGACAACGAGUUUGGACUCGUCAUCAAGAAAUUCCACAAAUUCAUGAAGAAGGAAUUUGAACGGAAAGGAAGAAAGCACGACGGUCCCCCAAAGUGCUAUGGCUGUGGCGAGAUAGGCCACAUCAAGCCAAGAUGUCCAAAAGGCAAAAGCAGCAAGGACAAACCUGGCUUCAAAAAGCAACGAGCCUAUAUCUCAUGGGAUAAUACUCGCUUGGCGAGAAAGGCUAUUUGUGAUGAUCUUGCAGACUCACUUGAAAGGAUAAACAUAGAAGACGAUGAGGAAAACACGCCAUUAUACACCAACCCGCAACCACAACCUGAGGAAACACCUCAAGUGAUGGUCGAAAAUGAGGACCAAGCGGACGAAGAAGAACAAGAGGACGCCCAGGAACAAGAGGAAACCGAGCUUCCCAUCGCUUGGAGAAUGCACAAGAAUCAUCCACUUGACCAGGACAAGAGCAGGGCUGCCACCUCCAGGAAAUCAAAGUCCAAAUCCCGGGCGCCUACGACAUCCACCGAGGAACGCCUCUACUAUGGCGACGGAUCGUACCUCUGGUUCGAUUCCGAGGAGGAGCACACCCGCUUUCUCACUUUCUUCUCUAAACGGGUCGUGGCUCCUCCACGGAUCAUCCCAGAGCGCUACCCGGAGAUGCAGGGCUACGACGACCUCGACGCGCAGCUUCAUCAAGCCGGCCUUUGGCCAUUCGUCUCCCGGGCUCGGAAGGAGAUCAACCCGGCCCUAAUUCGGGUCUUCUACUCCAACCUCCGGUGUGAGGGCGACGUGCUCUACUCUCUUGUCAAGAGCACGCCGAUAGAGCUUUCCGUUGAGCAGCUUGGGCGCAUCGCCGACCUCCCCUACCAAGGCGACGACGUCUCCCACUAUGGCGGAGAGGACGGAGUGCUCAACAACGAGAGCCUUAUCCUCAUCGAGCUUGGCAUCAACGAGCUCAUCCGCCAUGCCUCGGGCCGCCCCACCAUCCACUCCGCUAACCCCGAAGGCCGUCUUCUUCUCUACAUCGUGUCCCAAAUCAUCAAGCCCCGGAAGCAUGGCCACACAAUCAUGUUCGGUGAGGACCUCAAACUCAUCCAUGCGAUCAUUCACUCGGCCCCAAUGAAUUGGGCACAGUUUGUCAUGAUCAACAUGACGAUUGCCGCAUCCACCGACCACGAUCCCCUCCUCCCGUACUCGUUCGUCGUGAUGGACAUCUUUGAACGGUUCAAGGUGAACACCACCGUUGGCCCACUCACGAAGGCCACGAAGAUUUGGGCGAUUAGCACCCAAACCUUCAAGAAGCGGUCGGACAACGCCGGACCUGCCACUGCCGUGCCACGGCGCCGUUAUGCUGCUGGCCCAGCCGAACCCCAGGCCUGGGCCAACCUUGCCUCCAUCGCCGACUCUCUCAACCGGCUGCACUUCAAGGUGUACAGUGACGAGGACGAAGACGAUGCCUCCUACGACCCGUCAAGCUCCACGGACGAGGACGAGUUCGACGACGCCGUUGACGGUGAUGAGAUGGACGUCGACGUCGACAAGGAGGAAACCGAAGACGAAGACUAGGACGCCCCUAGAAUUUCUCUCUUUUAUUUUAAUUAUCCUGUUUUAUUUAAUGCUUCCGUUGUACUCCGCUAUUUCCCAUCUUCAAUAAAUAAAAGUUAUCCUU